AUGUCGCAGAUUUACAAACGGCUGUUUGGACUGCCGACCGUCCCAGUGGAUGCCCAUGAAACGGACCCUACGUUGCUCAAGGAGCACUCGACACUUAAGACGUACACCACCAGUCGUUUCGAGUACAAGGACAUUCGCGUCUUUUUCCGCCAACAUGCCAAAGCGGCCCAGCUACCGAAGAAUCCAGCGCCGCUGCCUUUGCUGGUGUGCAUUCCCGGCCUGGGCGGCUCCGUUGCGCAGUUUCACCCCCUGCUGAGCAGCCUCGUGGACAUGGCACCGUGCCUGGCGAUUGACCAUCCGGGUGGAGGACGGUCUGCGUAUUCGCAGAAACGCUGGGAUGCGUACACGAUGGAGGCACUCGUCGAGCUUCUGGAAACCAUCAUUGAGGACCAUCGUGACAAGGAUGCCGGGCAAAAGGUAGUCCUGAUUGGCCACAGCAUGGGAACUGGUCUCUCGGCCCUGCUGGCAAGCAAGCAGAGGACGCACACAACGGAUCUCGUAAACCAUAUUGUUGGCUUUAUUGCCAUUUGUCCCUCCGCCGGCCCUCUGGGCGAAACUACGUCGCGAUGGGUCCGCAGACUGCUUUGGGUACCAGGCUGGGUCUUUUCCUUGUGGCGACUCUGGGAUGGAAGGGGUGGUCCAAACAGCCUGUCCAUUGCGCGGUUCGCAGGCGCCAAUGCAUCUCCUGAGUUGCGGCUACUUCAGUACCGAUUCAAUCAACAGAGCCGAACACCCGUCUUCCGGCGCAUGCUAGGCGCCGCUGUACCGCCGUACAAGGACGGCAAACCAGUGGGCGGCAUGCCUACGACGGAUAUUUGGAGCGAGCUCGACAUCCCGCUCUACCUUAUUGGCGGCGAGGCUGACCAUACGCCGGUAGAGCAUGUUAGCAAGGUUGCUGAGCCGGUCGGCGCAAGACUGCAGCCCGACGAUCACGACCUCUCCCGCUCCAUUGUUAAUAUCACAGAAGAAGAUUUCGCGGCAGCCACAUCAGACUCCAGUACAGACGACUCGCGCCACGAUCCAUGGACACCCCCCGAAUCAGUUACGGCUAUCCCGCCACAGCCCGAGCAUCCGGCCAAGGUAGUCCAGUCCAUCAUCAUCCCUGCGCCGGCCAACCACACGCUCCUCUACGCUCCGCGCGGAUCGCGCAUCCUCGCCGGUCUCAUUGCCGAUUUUCUCGCCAAGAAUAUCACCGGCCGCCUCUCGCUCGCCUGGCAGCUGCAGUAUCUCAGCCAGGAAGGCAAGUGGGACGUCAAAAACCUCGUCAAGUGGCAGUCUGUCAUUCCCGUGUCCGCUCCUAUUGGCCCGCCUGGCGGCACACCCGUCUUCCGCGCCAUGAAGACGCUGCGUGAGGCUGACGACGUCCACAGCCCGUCGAGGUUCACCGCCCAGUGGAGCAGCGUUGUCAAGGACGUGAUUGACAUUUCCAAGGACCAGCCCGUGUACGACGCUCAAGGCCUCGAGCGCGCAGGUAUCCACUAUCACAAGUUCCCGACCGUCUCCAAGGUUCCGCCCACGGCUGAGGAUGUGGCGGCGUUUAUCCAGCUUGUUGACACGAUCCGCGCGCGGCAGGCCGACCGCGCGGCCGCCGAAGGCUGGGACGACGAUUGGCAGAAGAAGGUCGUUGUCGGCGUUCACUGCCAUUACGGGUACAAUCGCACCGGCUACUUUGUCGUGUGCUACCUCGUGGAGCGCUGUGGCGUUUCGGUCCAGGACGCGAUUGCGCUGUUUAAGAAGGCCAAGCCGAAUGGUAUCCGGCAUUCGCAUUUCCUGGAUAAGCUGUAUGUGCGAUACGAUUUGGAUGCCAAGGACACGGGUAUUUAA